UUCAAUUGAAAGGAAAAAGCUAUGGAAUAUCUGCUUGCAUAAUGCAUUGCAUUUCGCUAGAAUGGAUGUUCGAGAUGAAGAUAUGCCAGUAGAUUCUCACAGUAACAAAGACUCCGUGGCUCAGUGGACACUUAUGGGACUGGAACUUAACAAUGGGCAUAUGAUGGAACUCACCUCAGGCACUCCGUGUGGUAAUGUUAAGGCUGAUCACGUGAAAAAACAUGAGUCAAAUUUCAAUCCAUCUGACAACACAAAUGAAAAAGAUGACUUCUCCGUUGGGCUCCCUCAGAGUGUGAAUUUCCUGGACCCAAAGAAUGCAAAUUUCUUUCCUAGCUCAGUCAUGUUUCCACAAACCAAAUUGACCUCUGUAGCAAAUCCACCAGAAAACAGUGGUUUGCCUAAUGUGGAGAUCAGAGACAAUAUAUAUUCACUGCAGUUCUCACCACCAACUCAAGGUAACCAUAUCUACAUGUCCACGCCACAGAACAUGGCUCAGCACGACCAGCUAAUGAUGCAACAAGUAGAGCAACUUCAAAGAUUGGUAAAAGAGCAGCAAAAGUUAAUCACUCUUUUUAAUCCAGGUUUGGUUCUUCCACCAGGACUUCCAUCAUCUGUAUUUGCAAUAAUGCCACCUGCUCAACCCCAGGUGCCAAACAAUGAAGAAAAAAAUGAGAAUUCAUCCCAGCAGUUAUCCAGGCAACAAAAUAACCAAGAUGCUUCUGUAUCUGUUCUUCCAUUAACAAUCCCAUCUAACGAAACCCCCAAGAAGUGUCCUGAAAAGUCAUGCAGUUCUUCACAAGAAACUUUGAAAAAUUCCACACAACAAGAACCCAGUCCUAAAGCUCUUUCUCCUGUUCGAGAAGAGAAGGAUGAAGAUGUUCAUGAUGCACCCAUUUCACCUUUCGGUGUUAGAACAAAAAUCAAAAACCGUGAAGAGCGGCCAAUUAGACCUGCAGUUGUAGAAAGGCAGAAAACAUUUGAGGAAUUCGUUGAAGAACAGCUCAAACUGGAUUCUGGAAUAUUAGAGAAAGAGAGACUUCAGACUAAUAUGAAUCCUGCAAGAAAAUCCUUUUUGAAACGAAGGGAAGGUAUAAAUAGGUUUGAAAAAAAAUCUGACACCUCGUAUAAGGAGCAAAGAAGACACUCUGUGACCACUUUGUCCAGGAAACCUAGCUUUGAUGGCCAGCAUCGUAACUCUUUGCCAACUAUUCCUGAUAUUGGGAAGAUCCAACUCAAAAAUCGUCUUGUAUUCGUUAAACCGGAAAUCAAAGCAGAUAAAAUUACAAAUAAUGCCAUUUCUAGUACAAUUCCUGAUGAAUUUGGUAAACCUUUUAGCCAAGAAACAUCAGACAACCAGGUACAGCAAAGUGUUAAAGAAUAUUGUAAUUUAAAUACCCAGGAUAUAACCACAACAGACUUAAAGGUAGCAUCAUUAGCAGUUCAACAAGCAAAUUACCCAAUGGCAAAUACUUUAUCAGAUGAGCCUAUCACAAAAGACAUAGAAGGAAACUGUCAGAAGUCUGCGGGACCUGAGGUUCAAAAUGAAGACCUCGCUGUUGUUAAACUUAGUAGAGCGUCUGACGAUAGAAUAGACCCAGCUAACAAAACCGGAUUUAAAAAAGUAAAUGAUAAGAUUGUUAAGGUAAAUUCAGAGAUAUUAAUUCAAAACAAGAUUCGUAAUUGUAAAAGUGUCACCGAGAGUCGAAAAAAGACCCACAACUUUGAUGGAGGGGUACACUACAGAAAAGACGUUGGAUCACUGAGUGAAACAGAUAGCUCAUCGUCAUGUAGUGUUGAUGACCCCAAAUCCCAUUGUUAUAAGCUGCCUAGUCAUGAUGCCUCACAAAUGAUAAGACAGGCUGACAAACACUUAGAUUUGUCUGACCCAGACUACGCCACUGAUGAACCAAGUGGUGAAGAAGAAAUUAAGAAUCCAAAGUCUGCUGCCAGAAGUAUUCAUCGAGAUCAUUCAUUUAGCACCAGUGGUAGUGAGCACAGUACUGAAGAUUUCCGGAAGAGGGGUGGCAAAGCUUUCUCUUCAUUCCGAAGCACCACUUCUCGCUACUUACGAACUCCCAGGAUGGAUAAAGACCACAAUAAGAACAUAGAUGCUAAAGAUAGCACAGAAAAAGUAGAACAACAUCCACCUUCUACUUCAGAUAUUGUGACAAGUCUUUUUCCUGUGUUCAAGACCAAAUCUGACAUCUCCCAAAACAUGGAGUCAUCAAAAAAUUCAAGUGACCUUUUUACACGGAAAAUAGAAGAAACGUGUCAAGUCAUUUAUGACAAUCCUGUUAUAGCUAAGAUGAAAGAAGAACAAGAAAAAGCCAUGGCAUUUCUGAGGCAACAAUUAGACCAGUUUGAGAAACUGAAGGCAGAUGAGAUGAAUCGUUUGGAAGAGCUUAAGAGAAAUGAGCUAAGAACAAUACAAAGAGAAAAAGAAGAGUUGGAGAAACAGGCAGCUGCUGCAAAAGCUAUUAAAAGCAAAGAACAAAGUGAAGAAAUCCAGAUGCUAAAGCAACAGAUCUCAGAGCUGCAAGGGAAAUUUCGAAGAAAUGAAUUUGCUUGGUCUUCUACUCAUGAACAACUAAAAAGGCAGGUUGAAGCAUUGACAAGAGAGAACCAGGAACUUCGUAGUGAGCUGAGAGUAUCCGAAAUAAAUAACAACGAUGUCACUAACAGUCGAUCAGAAUCGCUGGUUUCACAAGCUAUAUUGCGAGGUACAUCUUUCACCAAGUCUGAUGUACGAUUGGAACCGACUGUUCACAAAAGUAGAAGCAGAACCCCAGUUGGGAGGAAGACACCUGUGUCAUCAGAAAACAGUGCCAAAAUUACAAGUUUAAUGGAACGAACAGAAUCUAUCAAAGCUUUGCAAAGGAAUGGAGAUAAACCGCUGUCUGGAAGCGUAGCAAACCGGAGCACAACCCCCACUGGCAGGAAAACACCACUUCAAGGCAGAAUAACACCAUUUGAGCCAGAAAAGCAAGCAUCCCAGGCUGUUCCUGCUGCACACCGGAAGUCACCGAUCACUUUGUCAAACCUCAGUGUGUUUAAGGAUUCCAACACACCUCAUACAAAAGGUAGACCAUCUUCAUACUCUGGUAGCUCUGAUGACAUGCCAACUGUUUCAUUAAAGAAUGAAGGCAGCAAUCUUUCAAACCAGGAUACAGAGCUCCCAAGUGUCAGAAGAUUUCAGGACCAGUCUAUUCCCUGGGAAGAGCCAGGAACAAGCUUAAACAGAACCAGAAGUCACAGUGUCCAUAGUGGAAGGAAAACUCCAGGGGAACCCAGUCGGGGGUCUGAUGUAAUGAGCACUGCUCCAAAGUCCAUUCUGUCAAGAAAGGCAUUAGAAAGAGCUAGAAACAAAAGCAACGAUGAAGAUGGUAUCCAGGAAGAAAUCCAGUUCCCCGAUGGAAAGAUUGAACAGCUGUACUCAGAUGGACGCAAAAUCGUAGUUUUCACCAAUGGAACCAAGAAGGAAACCAGUGCAGAUGGGAUGUCUACAAUCGUAACAUUCUUUAAUGGUGAUGUGAAGAAAACAAUGCCAGACCAAAGUAUAGUGUAUUAUUAUUCAGAUGCGCAAACAACUCACACAACAUACCCAAAUGGUUUGGAGGUGUUAGAAUUCCCUAACAAACAAAUAGAAAAACACCAUCCUGAUGGUACCAAAGAAAUCGUGUUUCCUGAUCGCACAGUCAAACUCAUGUUUAAAGAUGGACGCGAGGAAACGAAUUUUCCAGAUGGAACUAUAGUUAAGUUAGAAAAGAACGGUCAUAAAACAGUCAUAUUCCACAAUGGACAAAAGGAGAUUCACACCGCCCAGUUUAGAAGACGAGAAUAUCCCGACGGUACCAUAAAAACAAUAUAUUCAAACGGUCGUCAAGAAACAAAGUAUUCUUCAGGGCGCGUUCGGAUAAAAGAUCAACAAGGCAAUAUUAUCCUUGAUAAGAAAUGAAGAUUCAUCUCUACUGGAUAUGUAUAUAUAUAUAAAGAUAUAUUUUUGUAUGUCCACGAAACACAUACCACUUUUGGAUCCACGUCUGAUAAACAUCUCAUGCUAAAACAGAGGAACUCCACUUUACAUGUA